AGCUCCUCCCAGCUUUCCUUCUUUCCCAUCUCUUCCUUUUAUAGGAACCUCAUUCCCUCUUUUUCUUUCUCUCUUCCCUCUUUCCUCCUCUUCCUCAUCCCCCCUUUUCCUUUUUCCUCCUCCUCUUAUCCUUUUUUCCCUUCCUUCUUCUUACCCAUUCACACCUUUAGUGCUCCUUCUGAUAUCCUCCCCUCUACCUUUUCUCAUCGUCCUCCCCAUCCCAUCAUUCUUCCCUCGUUUUUCAUUCCCUCCUCCUCUUUCCCUACCCCCACCUCUCUCUCUGCCUUUUUCUGCUGCUCCCCAGUUGCCCUUGUGACACGACAGCGGUCGUUAAUCGCAGCCACGCCAGCAUGUAGGAAUAAACUCCAACACAUCUCGCCCUUUUCUAUACCGCCCCCCCCCCUCCAAAUUGCGGAUUUCUGACGCUACAUUAAUAGACGCAUGAGUUGUGGGAUAGAGACGCUAUUCAUGAUGGGGGUAGAGAGAGAGAGUGAGUGAGGGAGAGAGAGAGAGAGGGAAAGGAGAGCAGAGGGGGUGAGAAAAUGAGCUGUGUGUGUGAGAGAGCAAGGUGCUAAGUCCCCUGCACACCAGGCUGAGAGUGUGUGUGUGUGUGUGUGUGUGUGUGUGUGUGUGUGUGGGGAGUGGGGGGGAGGGGGCCGAUUCUGUGUCUCUGUAUGUGAGGGCGUUUGGGCAUUCAGGUGGGCGUGUUUAUCCGCUUCGCUUCUACUUCCUGGUGUUGUGAAAAUGUGGCCGGUUGCAUAAGCCCCGCCUCGGGGAAUCCUGACGUGCAAGUGCUGCUGGCGCUCCGCGCUCCCGCCUGCUGCCUGGGAAGCCCGUGGUGGGACGACACAGUCUGCCCUUUAUCUGCCUGGUGGAACGGGGACAGAAGCUGCAGCCCCCCUCCGGCGGCCUUGGUCUGGGAACAGGCCACACGCGGGGGGUGUCCGUGCAGGUGUUUCUCUCCCCCGGCCAGCAGUCCUGCAGCUGUCGGCCAUGUGUUGACGCAGACCUCGCCGAGCUGCCGCUCCAGGUCCGCGUGGCCGGAAGUGUCACUGCACCACGGGAAUCCCGCGGGGCCGAGUACGGAUACCUGGCCGCACGAUGAAGUGACACAUGCAGGCUGCUUACCAGGCUAAUUAGGACAUGUGGAGGUCGCCGGCUUUCCCUAGGAGGGGUGAAACUCUAAACCUUCCUCCUCGGAAACGGCAGCAUCUCCCCAGUCUUACUCAAAGCAUCCAGCGGAUUAUUUACUUGUUAAAUUCUGUCUCGUUUUCUCUUUUGGAAAAAAAAGUUUUUGCUCAGGUAGCCUGCCUGGGGGGCCUCGUCAGCCAAAGGACCCCAGAGAAGUUAAUCCACUCCUUGCUCUCCAGACUCCUGGCUGUAGCCUUCAGGUUGCUAUGGCGACCUGGAUGCAUUAGGGGCGUGGUUCCAGGAUGGGUGAUAAAGAUGACUGUUGUCUCCCACUGUGGUCCGUGUCACUGCAUGUGGCUCCUUUGGCCCAUGGGCUCGCUGACGACCCUCUGCUGGCCGCUUCGAGAGCAUAGAUCCGGAAGAAACCAACCUCAUCAUUGCUGGGAUUUUGGGGAGACACACAGCCGUAAAAUGUUGUUAAACUCAAGUCCUCAGUCAAAUUUGAUUGGCGGUUUUACCCAUGUACUGACCCACGCCUGAAGAUGACCUCUGUCAGAAUGGGGUCCUUGAGUUCUGUAUGGGUCACGUUUGUGUGUCACAUACAAGCAGGGAGGUGGGGAAUGUUCCCUUGGUGAUUGGCUGAAGUGGUCCUCAUCAAAUCAUGUGCACAUUAUCCUCAGACUAUGCAAGCAUCAAUAUUUAUGGAAAGAAAGUUGUUAAGGGUAGCCCUCAUUCACAGAAAUUUUUCUUCUUUAUCACAGAGGAUUCUGGGAAAGGAUGGUUUACCAACAAACAAACAAACAAGCAAACCUUUCAUCGCUUCGUCUGAAACGGCUAGCGGGCAGCCUCCUUCAGCAUUGUUUUGCCUUUGAUUUCUUUUUCGGCUUGUGUCUUCACGAGUAAUUCCACAACACCCUGGGUAUAUAAUUUGAUUAAUUCAUUUACCAUUGUGUUAACAGUGUCUCAUAUCAAGAUAAUGGUUUGAAAUGCCCGGGAUUACCAGCUCAUGGAGGUGCAAAGCGCCGAAUCAAGUUAGGGGAACGUAGUUCUGGGGAAAGGUUAAAAAACUGGGGACUGUCUGCUGGCUUUCGGCUGCUGUUUAGGGCGGCUCAGUGGUUGUAGCUUCACGGAUUGUUUCUGGAUGGAUCUCUCUGCAGCAGGCUGACUCCUGACCUCGCCCAACCCCAGCUCCCUCUGACCAGGCUGACCGAGCCAUGAGGUUUUCACAUAGCGACACUGGAUGUUAACAUUUUUCUGAUGCGUAUCAUACCUCGACUGUGUUCGGAAUGGCGGUGUUGGACUUGAGUGGGCCGGGAAGCCUGGCUGAAAUGUUCCCAGCUGAAAACAACAAGCGUGGAGGUGCAGGCAUGUGUCCCUGGGUGGAGAGGGUGGGGGUGCUCUCAAUGGUUUCAUUUAGUGCGCGUGGCCCUAGGGCCAGCUCAGCUGUGCCACAAGGCUUUGCGUGGGCCAAUGACGACACACAUACAGUCACAGACACGCCCUCUCUCAUGAAGCAGCCAAUGGUGACACACGUACAGUCACAGACACGCCCUCUCUCACGAAGGAGCCAGCGGGGACACGCGCGUACAUGCAGCCCUCGGGUCGGACAUACUGAGGUGCCUUUGUCCCGCCCAGCCUGAGGGAAGGGUGUAGGAUGAUGAAGCGGAACUAGAGAGGAGACUGAAACAUCAACAUGCAGGCAUGAGACACUUGAGAGGUUGGGGGGGGGGAUUUUUCUCAUGGUCAAAUGCUAAGAAUGGGGCUGAUAGUUACAGGUUUAUGGGCUCAGAAAUGAAGGCCUUCGCUGCAUUUGAUUUUACUAUUGAGGAACCGAGUUUGGAUCUCGACUGAUCUGGGAUCAGCACAGGAAAAUAGGUACGGAGUAUGCUGGGAGAAGGGUGGUGUGGGGGGCGGGUGCUGGAAAACAGGCCCCGUGCUAAGAGAAGGUCUGUUCCCUGGGCACUGGGGGCCGCGUGUGGGUUGGGAAUGUCGUCAGGCCUCCUAUUGUCCGAGCCAGCGAGUAGGACUUGGCUGGUUGGCGUCGACCUAUCAGAGAACAAGGCCCCUGUUCUGCCCUGAUGGGGCGGGGUGGGGGGGUGUAUGGCUGUACGUCCACUGACAAACUGGAAUACAGAGAUGGGGGAGGACACCAAGUUGUUGGAGACUGAUGCAGCAACACGUGCGGCUAAUUUCUCAACGGAGUGAAGAUCCUGGUGUGAAGACCGACUGGAUUAGAGCACUGCGGUUGGAUUGUAUCGGUGACGGAUCGUUCUCAUCCUGCCAGUGCCGAUUAUUCCUUUGCGGCGUGUCUGACAGUGACCCUCAUUAUUUCAACCCUUUCAGUAUCUCGGCGUUGCGUCAGUCAGUGCCGAAUUGUUUUGGGGACUGGAUGACCAAUACAGUCCUGAUUACGCCUCCUCUGCAGAUACCUUGUACAGUUUUGCCUUAGUGGUGCCUCUGUGGGAUCCAGUCCAGGUGACCCGGCGUCGCCCUUGUGACUGAAAUCCGUCUAUAUGGACCAGCCGGCUUGAACCGGAAUGACCUGCAUGCUGUCUGGCAGGCACAGAGCGCAUGAGCUCAUGACUGUAAACAUGCGCUGAAGACAUUAAUGGCGCACAGAUCAUAACGUUCCAGGGAUUACUGGCAGUGAGCGUUUCCGUGUGGAUCGACUUUCUCAUACACUGGAUUAAAGACCAAUAAAACUGGACCAGAGCAGUCGCUGGUGUUUUGGAUCUCCGCCCACACAAGGAGCCAGCAGACAGCAGAACAUCAUUAACCCAAAGGGCCUGUGAUUUUUACCCUCCCUCUAUUUCCCCUCUCUUUUUCUCUCUCUCUCUUUCACUCUUUCUCUUUCUUUCUACCCAUUUCGGUUUGUUGUGCUUGAUGUGAUUCAUUCACUUGCUCUAAUUCUGGAUCGGUACUCAGUGUCUUAUGAGUUGUGUGGCUACAGCUAAAGCCAUGACAAAUAAUUAAUCAAACGAAAAUUAGUUUAUAAUAAACUGCCAGCGAGGAGAGCUGCGGGGAUUCAACAUUUACUUUGUGAAAUUGCCGUUUGCAGAAUCUUUGAGUGAAAAUGCCCUUGCUAUACAGAGUAAACAGGUUUAUCAAGGUGGGGCUUUGAUACUCAAUAUAAAAAGUAGAUAUUUAAUAUAAAAUUAUGAUUAGUAUGUCUUAGUGUGAUAGUUGAAUAUUCCAUUAAUAUGUGGUGAUAUUAAUGUUUGAAAUGUAAUUCAUAGAUUUCAUUGUUUUAGAGUAUCUGCUGUAGCUAUUAGUAUCUUUGGAUAUUAGUGACAAAAUGGAUAAAAGUGGGAUUGUGUUGAUAUGGCUAUGUACAGUGGUAGAUUUCAAAGAGGACCUUGUGUAAGCUGAUCAUCCUGAUAAGAGAAGGAGAAGUGUAGCCUGCAACUUCCUCAGCGAACAUCCGUUUGAGAAACACUUUGCAGGCAUGUUCGUCAGCGUGAAAAAGAUCAUCUCGACAUUCGAAUCACACCGGCAAGCUCAGCCCCCAUCUAUCCGUUCCUCCUCUUCCUCGUCCCUUGCUCAUAAAGACCCUACAGUCAACAGUCCUAAGUGUGAGCUUGAGUCAACUUUGACCCAUUGUAUCUCCACCGGACAUCUUCUUGCGAAACCUUCUUCCUCCUCAUCCAUCUCUUCCUCACCUCUCUCCCGCUCGUCCUCUGCUCCUUCCUCCCCUAUCCUCAAACGAGCAGCAGGCUCUUUCCUCUCCUCCUCUGCUAUCCGACUCCCAUCUCUGGCCCUCUGCUCCUCCCACCUCGACCAGUCUUCUCUUGGGGGUGCCCCAGUGGUGCAGCCUGCACCGUCUAGUUUCCCCUGCUCUCGGCACCCCUCUUCUCCUUCACUCCAUCUGGCUAGUGAGAAAUCAAGCAAUCGAGAGCAAAAGAAGGAGGGCCAGCCCCGAAGCAAAAUCCGAGAUUCAUGGCCAAGCAGUCAUGUGGAAGUCCGCCGCGAUGGCCGGCAGAGGUGUGCCAAGAUCGCGUACUGGGAACAAGGUGGCUCUGAUUUCCCCGAUAAAGUGGAACAGUGCUGCCUUACAAAUUCCUCAACUCGGCCGCCAGCAAGCUCUCGUGGUGUUUCCCGUCAAUCAGGGCCCGGUGUUCAUUGUACUGCUGAGUUUCCUCAAACAAGAAGAGAACCACUACUAACUUCAAGCCCCUCCUGCAGGACUGCAAGUCCAUCCAGACCUACGACUAUCCCUCCUUCUAGGACCGGCCCUCAUUCCGGGCCAACGGGAUUGUGCCGACUAGAGAACCAGCUGGGAACUGACAGUCCUGUCCUCCGGAAGGGUGUCCGUACCUCGAUCCCCAAGGCUCUGGAUCCACUGUUGCAUCCACCCCCAUCAGCUCAUCAGUCAAACUUGAUUGCUGGGAGAGGCUAUCCUAUGGCUAACCUGUGUGCUGGGCCGACAGAACCAGAUACCCUUCAACCUCCUCAUAGGUACUUGGUCACUCCUAGGCUGAAUCACGUGCAAGCACAAUGCCAUGCAACUGUUCAAAAUGAUCCACCCCCAAACAUAAAGACACAGACUCUAUGUGGUUCUGAUUCUGAAAUGAGUUCUUCUGCUUCUGCAAAAGUUCAAGGAUUCUUUCAAAACUCUAACCCCAGAUUAGUUGGCAGUCAAACUCCUUCCAAACUUCCGAAAGCUUUCAGCCCUGUAGCAUGUUCAGCUCUGCCUGCUGGAGAAUUGGUGGUGACAGAAAAGGUCAAGAUCACAGCUGUUCAAGACAUGGUAGAUGCAGACCCACCCAACACAGCUAAAGUCCAUGGCAGUAUCCAUAUCGCACCACAGGGAGCCUACAGCACUGCAUCUACACUGAGCAGUGUUGAUUCAUCACAGUGUAUCUCCGAUCCUCAGAGGCUGAUCCAGGGCCACAGUAGCAGAGGUACUCAAGCGCCAGACCCUAAUAAAAACAGUGUGAGUGGAGUAACUACUGGCAUCAACCAAGUACCUCAAAGACACGAAGGAGCAGAUGGCAUGAAUGAGUGCUGGGACAGUCAGAUCGCGGAGCACGAUCCGCACACAACAGUAACCCACCACCCCUGCAAAACCAACCCCCUUGGCUCAGCCAGAUCUGCCACCAAGGAGAAUCCACUCUCUGCAGUCAACCGGUCCCCUUCCGCACCCAAAUGUGAUCCAGUCAAGGCAGCCACUUGCUUUGGACCCACAGAUUCUGUCUCCCCCCUCAAUGCGUUGAGCCAGCAGAACACGCGAUGCCCCAUGCUAGUGGGCCCAAUGGCAACACUCGGACCGAAAGCUUUGACCCGGAACUCUGACAAGGCCUUUCUGUCCCUGCUGCUCUUCAUUCAUAGCGGCUCGAGCAACAGCAUGAUUGCAAUCGACAACAAGAUUGAACAAGCCAUGGACCUGGUGAAGACCCACCUGAUGAUGGCUGUGCGGGAGGAGGUGGAGGUGCUGAGGGAGCAGAUCAAGGAGCUGACGGAACGCAACGCGCAGCUGGAGAGGGAGAACUAUAUCCUCCGGGCCCUUCAGGAGCGAGACUGAGGGAGCCAGGAGGGCAGGAGAGCGAGAAGCCUUUGGCCCCUAGACCCCGGGGAGAAGGAGGGGGAGAGAGAGAGAGAGAGAGAGCACGUUCUAGUAACGUCGGCAAUGCGUCCGGCUGAUUGUCCGAUUGCCCGAUUAGUCUUCUAGAGGAUCAUGGGUAACUGAAACGCCAAGUCAGCCGAGAUGCAGUGAGCUACAGAGGGAGAAAUAAGAAAGGAGGUGAAAGGAGGAUGGAUUACAAGAGCAGGAGGUGGGAAGAGUGUAUGACCAUGGAAGAUGGGGGAGGGGAGCUAUUUGACUGGCAGCCUUGAGCGCCAACACCCUUGCAGUGGGGUACCCCUCUGUAUCCUACCUACACACACACACACACACACGUAAUCACACUAUCAAACAUAAUGUGCAUGUUCACAAGUAAAGAUGUGUAUGCCAGGAGAGUCACUAGGGAUUUAUGGAAAGUCUUUCCAUUUUAAAGGAAGUGAAAGAGGACGCACAUAUUAAAUAGUAUGUGUGCAUUUAUUUGGAGACUGAAGAACAUUUUAGGGGAGCUAAAGUCCUCCUAAAACAGCCCCGACGACACCCCUGAUGCAGACCAUAAAACGCACAUAACAGCACGGGGGGGGGGGGGGGGCUACUAAAAACUCAAUGGAAUAUAUGGGUACAAACAUGAAGUAACACACAGGUACACAAGCGCAGAAGUCCGUAACACUCUAACACACAAACUGUAUCUCGAAGGAAGCGUUCAGUUCUAAUCAUACGGAGUAAAAUAUGAAGCAUCUUUGAUAACUUUUAAUGAUGAUGAUUAACACAGGUGGUGAUUAUGAUAAUGGCAAGAAUUCUUUGCAGUGUAAAAAUUUAAGCUGCUUUUUUUUGGCUAAUUUAUUGGUCUUCUGCUAGGAGAGAAGGGGCCUGGUUGGGAUUUGUUUGUGGAUUUUCAGCUUUUAUUGCAUGUUGAGGUCUUUGGUUUUGCAUACUUGCUAUAUUACUGCACCUUUUUAGCCAUCAAUUAAACUUAAAAGGAAGGGCUGUUGUUGCUGAGGCUCGUGUUGGGACACCAAUUGAGGCCCAGAAGGAACCCAGUGUAUUUUUUUCCCCACUAUACUGUAUUUUCACCAUCCUGUCCCGCGUUCUUUACACCACAUGUUAAUUUCACAUUUAUUUAAAAUCUUACCAUGCUGUGGAACCAUCGAGAUUCCAGUCAGCUGAGUCUUUACUGGGGAUAUUUCAAAUUUUGUGUACAAUCCCAUAAAUGACAUGGUUUGUUUUUGCUUGGGUAACUGAAUGUGUAAUGAUACACUCUGCCAGACAGCGAUUGGUUGCAUUGUGCCAAAGCAGUUUUUUUUUCUCCCUCCUGAAUACAGAUAUUAAUGGGAUGAGCGGUAAUAUUGUGUUUUUGUGGUCUUAACAUGCCGGCUCAUUUGCCUGAGGUUCUGGACGGACUCAGUCCUCUGAGGUUAGCUUCCACUAGAAUGAGCUAAUCCCCGUAACGGAACCGGGAACUAGGUUGAUAUAAACAUGAGGCGAAGACUGUCACUUUAUCGAGGGACCUGCAGACCCCUGACUGUGUUACAGUCUAGACCCAGGGAGUUUUGUGGAGAUUAUCUUGAACACCAUAACAGUUUCCCUUAUGUGCACACCAAGAUAAUUAACUCUAGUGGUACAAGUCCAGUAGUUCCAUGAUUUCCUCAGCAGGGCCUCAUACUUGAUUUAAAAGCAGCACCAAACAAUCUGCUCAUUCAUUUUUGUUUUAUUGUGAAAGGAGCUUAAAGAUUCUCUGAGACUGUUACAUCAGAGGGUGUUUUUAAUUAUUUUCUAGGAUAUUAGUAUUUUAAAAACAUCCUUUUCUAAAAUGGGGUACAAAGUAUUGAUUGUUUGUAACUGUACAAAUUAUGAAAGGAAAAAAUAGGGUCUAAUAAAUAACUUUUACUAAA